AUGUCGGCUUCACAGAUCCAGCAGUGGUUUCCAUGGGUAGAAGCUCCGGUGAUCGCUAAUGCGCCCAUGGCUCACGCUGUCAGCGCGGAACUUGCCGCUGAGGUUUCCAAGGCGGGAGGCCUUGGCUUCCUCGCAUGUAUCGCCGACGUCAGCGACAACUCGCCUCAAGUCACCAAGCUUGACGCCGACCUCACCAAGAUCCGACAGCUCCUGGGAGACGGAGACGCCGCAACCACGCCCUCGGGCCAUCUCCGAAUCGGCGCCGGCUUUCUCUCAUGCCACUCGAGUAUUGGAAAUUUUGCGGCGACGGCGCUGCCCGUGAUCCAGAAGCACAAGCCCGCGGCAGUGUGGCUGUUCGCCCCUCAUGAGCACAUCCGGCCGCAGAAGGAGAUUGUUCGGCUUCUGAAGGGGCUCGAGACGGCGCCGAAGGUGUUUAUCCAGGUGGGCAAUGUGACGGCGGCGGAGGAAGCUAUCAAGGAUGGCGCGGACGUGAUUGUUUGCCAGGGGACGGACGCGGGCGGCCAUCAGUUUAUAAGAGGGAUGGGCGUGGUGCCGUUGCUGGCUGAGACGAGGAAGUUGGUCGAUGAGAAGGGCUAUGAUGAAGUUUCUCUGUUUGCGGCGGGAGGUAUUUCGAAUGGCAAGGGUGUGGCGGCUAUGUUGACGCUUGAAGCUGAUGGUGUAGUCUUGGGCACAAGAUUCACCGUCUCCGAAGAGAGCAUUGUGCCCGAGUUCCGGAAGAAGAUCAUCCUCAACGCCACCGACGGCGCCAUUUCCACCCUCAAGUCCCCCUUCAACGACCAGAUUUCCAACUCUAGCCUCUGGGGAUCUCUAUACGAUGGAAGAGCCGUCGUUGGACCCAUUCACGAAAAGUUUCUUGCUGGGGCGUCGCUUGACGAUUGCCAGAGGAGCUUGCGUGAUGAAUAUUCGCCCGAGGAGGGUCCGACGUUGAUUGACACCUGGGCAGGCGCGGGCAUUGGACUGGUGACAAAAGCGCAGCCGGCAGGUGAGAUUGUUCGCGAGGUACGUGAGGAAGCCAAGCAGGCUAUUCGGAAGGUUGCGGCUCGUGUAUAA